AUGUCCACAAUUACCUCGGUUCGCGUAGGUGAGACAGGGGCGUCCGAGGCACCGACAGACGAUGUAGCGGGCAGUAGCAUGCAAGCAUCGGCUGCCAGCACUCAGCCACAGACGCCUGCAGCAGACGUCGCCCUCAUGGCCACAAAUCGGCCGCCAUCUCCUCCGCCACUGCAGAUGCCAGCGGUGGCCAGCAGCAGCGGCAGUAGCAGCGGUAGUGGCAGUGGCAGUCAAAUCCCACAGAUAGCAUCGGCUAGCGGCAUCCCGAUGGUUGGAUCGACCAGCUCCAGUACACAACGGGCCAGCGGCACGCCCAUCGUGUUUGGUGGCCCCAAGUCACCACAGCUACACCCGGCGCGCCGGCUUUCGACAUUGAUCGGGUCUCCAGGAUCGCCUGCAAUGAGGGGCCGUCUAGGAACGCUGUCAUCACCAGCUAUGGCCCCGCUUUCCAGUCCGUCGUUACAGGCAAUGGUUGCCCCUUCGCAACAGCAGCCACGUAAGCGGCGGCGCCGUGGACGGCAGACGUCUGAGGCUAAUGCUGCAGAGGAUACGGAGAAGGAGGAGCUGCAGUUAAAGACUGCAGACGACUACCAUACCCUGUCGGCAGAGUCUAUCAGCAACCUUCCGAUCUCAUAUUUCUGCGGCAAGCCGACCCAUGGAGUCCCGACGCGCGACGUGUUCACGACGGAAGUCCCACGCGUGGUGACGCCUGUUCCGGAAGAGACUGCUGCAGAGCCAGCAAAGAAAGAGGAAGACGCUGUUAAAAAGGACGAUGAAAUCAACCCGAUGGCAGCGCAGGUCCAGGAUUGUGGACGCCGUAACCAGAUGGGCAGCACCGAGAAUGUGCCUCUGGAGACUGUCGACGAGUCGACCAACACGCGGCUGACAAACUCAAUGACGUAUGUCAAGAAAAAGGCGACGCGCAAGCGCUGGGACAAGGAGGAAACAGAGCUGUUUUUCCAGGCACUGCGCAAGUUUGGCACCGACUUCCAGAUGAUCGCAUCGAUGAUUCCGAACCGCAACCGGUACGACAUCAAAAACAAAUUCCGUGCAGAGGAAAAGAGAAAUGGUGCUCGGAUUACUGCCGAGAUUCUGCAGCGUCCGGUUGUCGAGGCGGCUGCAGACCCGGGCCCGCAGACUGUCGAAGGCAAUCGGCCCGAGCCCAACGGCCUGGUAGCGCUGUCCGAUGUGUCGGCAGUCGUAGCUGCUGCCGCUGCUGACGUGGAUAGGAUCGAUGACUAUGAGCUUGGCGUGCCCAACUGA